AUGAUAGUACAGAACAACAUAACACAGAUUUACACAACUACACAGUACAGACUACAGAGUUACAGAGGAUUGUACACAACUACUGCACAGUACAGAGUUACAGAGGAUUGUACACAACUGCACAGUACAGAGUUACAGAGGAUUGUACACAACUACACAGUACAGAGUUACAGAGGAUUGUACACAACUACUGCACAGUACAGAGUUACAGAGGAUUGUACACAACUACACAGUACAGAGUUACAGAGGAUUGUACACAACUACUACACAGUACAGAGUUACAGAGGAUUGUACACAACUACUGCACAGUACAGAGUUACAGAGGAUUUACAGAGUUACAGAGGAUUGUACACAGCUACACAGUACAGAGUUACAGAGGAUUGUACACAACUACACGGUACAGAGUUACAGAGGAUUGUACACAACUACACAGUACAGAGUUACAGAGGAUUGUACACAACUACACAGUACAGAGUUAGAGAGGAUUGUACACAACUACUACACAGUACAGAGUUACAGAGGAUUGUACACAACUACACAGUACAGAGUUACAGAGGAUUGUACACAACUACUACACAGUACAGAGUUACAGAGGAUUGUACACAACUACACAGUACAGAGUUACAGAGGAUUGUACACAACUACUGCACAGUACAGAGUUACAGAGGAUUGUACACAACUACACAGUACAGAGUUACAGAGGAUUGUACACAACUACACAGUACAGAGUUACAGAGGAUUGUACACAACUACUGCACAGUACAGAGUUACAGAGGAUUGUACACAACUACUGCACAGUACAGAGUUACAGAGGAUUGUACACAACUACUGCACAGUACAGAGUUACAGAGGAUUGUACACAACUGCACAGUACAGAGUUACAGAGGAUUGUACACAACUACACAGUACAGAGUUACAGAGGAUUGUACACAACUACACAGUACAGAGUUACAGAGGAUUGUACACAACUACUGCACAGUACAGAGUUACAGAGGAUUGUACACAACUACUACACUGCACAGUACAGAGUUACAGAGGAUUGUACACAACUACACAGUACAGAGUUACAGAGGAUUGUACACAACUAUUGCACAGUACAGAGUUACAGAGGAUUGUACACAACUACACAGUACAGAGUUACAGAGGAUUGUACACAACUACUGCACAGUACAGAGUUACAGAGGAUUGUACACAACUACUGCACAGUACAGAGUUACAGAGGAUUGUACACAACUACUGCACAGUACAGAGUUACAGAGGAUUGUACACAACUACACAGUACAGAGUUACAGAGGAUUGUACACAACUACUACACAGUACAGAGUUACAGAGGAUUGUACACAACUACUACACAGUACAGAGUUACAGAGGAUUGUACACAACUACACAGUACAGAGUUACAGAGGAUUGUACACAACUACUACACAGUACAGAGUUACAGAGGAUUGUACACAACUACUACACAGUACAGAGUUACAGAGGAUUGUACACAACUACUGCACAGUACAGAGUUACAGAGGAUUGUACACAACUACUGCACAGUACAGAGUUACAGAGGAUUGUACACAACUACACAGUACAGAGUUACAGAGGAUUGUACACAACUACACAGUACAGAGUUACAGAGGAUUGUACACAACUACUGCACAGUACAGAGUUACAGAGGAUUGUACACAACUACUGCACAGUACAGAGUUACAGAGGAUUGUACACAACUACACAGUACAGAGUUACAGAGGAUUGUACACAACUACUUAUACUACACAGUACAGAGUUACAGAGGAUUGUACACAACUACACAGUACAGAGUUACAGAGGAUUGUACACAACUACUACACAGUACAGAGUUACAGAGGAUUGUACACAACUACUACACAGUACAGAGUUACAGAGGAUUGUACACAACUGCUGCACAGUACAGAGUUACAGAGGAUUGUACACAACUACACAGUACAGAGUUACAGAGGAUUGUACACAACUACUACACAGUACAGAGUUACAGAGGAUUGUACACAAACCACUGUCAACUUCAUGUAA